CAAAAAGCAGUAUGGCAGCAUCUCGAUACAGGAAAUUUCUCCGCUUGAUGGAAGAUUGGCCCGCAGAUCCAUCAAAAAGGGGUAGAGAUUUGGCAGUUGCGAUUCGGGAAAGGGUCGCACAUGGGUUCAGGAGAGGAGAAAACUCUGAGAUAAAUGAGAAAGAAUGUGACAGGAUGUAUGAUGCUCUUAACAAGAUCCACACAGAUUUCUUCAGGGAAAAGUACCCACGACUGAAAGAUUCAUCAGCGACGGGAACCUCCAUAGAAAUUUGCCAUAUGGUGAUGGCUACAGAUACCAUCACUGAAAUGGAGAAUAUGAAUAAGAGUAGAUGGCAGAAGAUCAAGGAAUCAAUGCCCUGGAGUUCAGCAGGACCAGGGGUCGACAAGAGCUGAGACACAACAAACAGCAACUGACCCAUGAAGAUUGUCAGAUUCAGUCGCGGGGAUGAUGACGAGAUAGGCACGUAGUUGAACUGUGUCUUACAAAGCAUGGACCAGCAGACCUCGUCAUAAUCUUGUCUCUUGUGCUGCAAACAUGUUGAUUUGAAUAAAUCUCUUCCAAGUCAUCUUCAGUUUGAAUGGGAUGAAUGAACAUUGUCGAAAGUAGGAAAGUGUGCUAUUGAUGGUAUGAGAGGUAUACUGUGUAUUCUUAAUUUUGGCAAAUCAUCAUAUGAUUCUCCAUGUAUAAUUCCAUCAUAACUGAGAAUUUUAGAUGAAAUGGAAUCGACUUUCUUACAAAGCAAAAUAAUAAUCGAUAUUUACUGUACACCAUGCAUCGCUUCGUCUGUAAAGUCUUUGUUUUGAAGUUGUGUAAACAUGAUUACAACAGAAUGUGAAAAGGUUUUUUACAGAGUGGGUUUCCCCUUGACUUUUCUGAUGUUUAUUACUGGUCAAAGUUAAGUCAACUCUGUGAUGGAAAUCUUAAUGUUCCCCAUAAGAAACAUAUAUUAUAAUUGUAAAUAUUUUAUAUGCAUCCCUGAAUGUGGGAUAUAUCCUUUUCAUCUGCUGCAGAGAUUUAUAUUAUUUUUUGUUGUUGCAGGGCCUGUUCAUGCUUCUAACAAUUUUUUUUUUUGGCUUGAACUUGCCCUGCUCUUUUCACUAAAUGCUGUUAUCAGUAUUGCAUUUGCACGAGUUUACUUCACUUCUUGUAAAAAAAAAAUUAAUAGAAAGUAUUCACUAAAACUCAAGAAUCCCUUUCUGUCAAUAAGACCUUUUCUUUCAAAGUAGCCAAUAUGCAACUUUUUAGGACUUUUAUCAAUUUGAUGUUUCCGAAACUUUUAAAGAAUAAAUGCAGCAGUGAGAGAUUAGGUGUCAAGUAAUUUAUUGUCCCGAUUGGAUUAAGAGAGGGUGGGGGUUGUAUGAAUUUUGUGAGUGUCUUGAAGAUAUGAGAUAAAUAAAGGAAGCACUUCAUUCUAUGGAUGGUGUAUUUGCUCUCUUCAGUCAUGGGCAUAGUUGAGAAUGUUCAGUAUUAUUCAAGUAAUGUUCUUCCAAAUUGUAUUUUCUUGUGUGUAUAUAUUGGACAGAUCUGACUUGAAUUUAUUAAAUUAUAUUGGUAGGAAAAAA